UAAAAAUAGAACUAUAAAAGAUAUGAGUAAAUUAACUCGAUGCCCUCAAUGCUCAAAACCCUCUCCAUUUCCCAUUUCUAACUCUAAAAAAAAACUCUAUCUCUCUCUCUCAAAACAAGAACAUCAAGAAACUUCAAGAUCAAGAAAUGGGCAAUGGCUACAAUCACCACCAAAAUUUACAGUUUCAACACAGUAAAGCCACAUUUUUGCCUAUGUUAUGUUCAAGACCUUCCAUUAAAGAUGUGAUUCGUCCCCGAAUCAAAGAUCGAACCGUGGAUUUUUCUAGCGAGCCGUUGUCUCCAAAAAUCGGAUGUAUGGGACAAGUCAAGAGACACAACAAAGUAGUUGGAUUUCCUUCAAAUAACAAUAAGAUCAUCUUCAACAGUAUUAGUAAUAUUAAUGUUCCUGUUGUUAAGUAUUCGAAGCUGAAAAGAUUCUUCUCCGUCAAGAAUAUCAAUCCAAAUUGCACCACUACGAGUUCUACAAGCAGAGGAGUGAUGGUGUUGAACAAUGGUGAAACAAGAAGACCUAAAUUUGGAGUUAGUGAAGAGAAUAUUGGAUCAGAUUGUAUGAUCAGAAUUGAAGAAAUGGAUCCUCCUUUGCCUGUUGUGAUCAAGAAAUGUAGAGAAGAAGAGGAAGUAGAUAAUACUAUUUGGAAGAGAAGGUCUCGUGGACUUGAAUUGAAGAAUUUGCAGCUGCAACGGAUUCAACUUAAUACACAUAAUCUUGCACCAACUACUGUUUGAUCAUGACCACCCAAUUUAUAAAUACUGUAGUAUAUAUGAUUUAUUUUCUUGAUUUGUAUUUUGUUGCUAAUUGGUCAAAUUUUGCGUUUCAACAGCAAUUAAUGUACAAUGUAAACGAAAAACAACAGGUUAUAUAUCUCUUAAAGAGUAGUUUGAAUAUAAAGUUUCAUAAUUUUAAAAACGUUUUUGAAAAUAAAAGUAAAGUGUAUGCGAAGCUUAUGAGAUAAGAAUGUAUAUAUGGAUAUCUU